UGUGUUUUGCGAGCUGUAGUUUGGUGUGAUUUCGGUUAUGGAGGAGCUAUCAUCAUAAUAUACCAGCUUUUCUUGAUUUUGAAGUUUCCAAUUUUAUUUCUUUAAUAAUUGGAUGUCUGGUGAAAGAAAUUUCGAUUUCUUUGCCUUGUUUUUUGGACUAUAAAUACCACUCUCCGAUCUCUAUAUUUCGUAAAUCGAAAGUGUAGUUACUAAUUAGGGCUUGGGUCACUUUCCUCUGUAGCUCACAAUCAGGCGUUGAGUUUUGUGGAGGAGAUCUGAGCAAUGGCGAGCAAUUCAUCAAACGGUGAGCAGCAGACAACUAAGCCACCUCCAUCCCCAUCUCCAUUGCGCUUUUCCAAGUUUUUUCAGUCCAACAUGAGAAUUUUGGUUACUGGUGGAGCGGGAUUCAUAGGCUCACAUCUAGUUGACAAAUUGAUGGAAAAUGAGAAAAAUGAGGUGAUAGUCGCCGAUAACUACUUCACUGGAUCAAAGGAUAAUCUGAGAAAAUGGAUUGGUCAUCCAAGAUUUGAGCUUAUCCGUCAUGAUGUCACUGAGCCAUUGCUGAUCGAGGUUGAUCGAAUUUACCAUCUUGCCUGCCCAGCUUCUCCCAUUUUCUAUAAAUACAAUCCCGUGAAGACAAUAAAGACAAAUGUGAUUGGCACACUGAACAUGUUAGGCCUUGCCAAGCGAGUUGGAGCAAGGAUAUUGCUGACAUCAACUUCAGAGGUAUAUGGAGAUCCUCUUGUGCAUCCUCAACCUGAGAGCUACUGGGGAAAUGUCAACCCAAUUGGGGUUCGUAGCUGCUAUGACGAAGGGAAGCGUGUGGCUGAGACUUUGAUGUUUGAUUAUCAUAGGCAGCAUGGAAUUGAAAUACGCAUUGCUAGAAUCUUUAACACGUAUGGACCAAGAAUGAACAUUGACGAUGGGCGUGUUGUCAGCAAUUUCAUAGCUCAAGCACUUCGUGGUGAACCAUUGACAGUCCAAAAACCUGGAACACAAACUCGCAGUUUUUGUUAUGUUUCUGACAUGGUUGACGGUCUCAUCCAACUCAUGGAAGGAGAGAACACUGGGCCAAUCAACAUUGGAAAUCCAGGUGAAUUUACUAUGCUGGAACUUGCUGAGACAGUGAAGGAGCUGAUUAGUCCUGACGUGGAGAUAAAUCUGGUGGAGAAUACUCCAGAUGAUCCUCGACAGAGGAAACCUGACAUCACAAAGGCAAAAGAAUUGCUUGGAUGGGAGCCAAAGGUCAAGCUGCAGGAUGGACUUCCCCUAAUGGAGGAGGAUUUCCGCUUGAGGCUUGGGGUCGCCAAAACAAAUUGAAUGAGCUAUUGAUGGUUUGGAUGAGUGGGACCUUGAUGUGCCAAAUCUUCAUACCAUACUGAUGCACCAUCGGUUUUUCUUCCCAAAUUUAUGUUUGUUUUCUCUAUAGAAAAAUAAGAGGUUGUGGGUAUUCUUCUCUUUUUUUUCAUUUUUCUCUUCUUGAUUAUGGAUGUUGAGAACUUUGAACAUUCUCAGAGUCCGGCAUUCAACAAUGUUAUAUAUUCGAACUUGUUGAAAAUAGUUGUGCUGAAUAUUGGGUGUUAUUGCCCAGAAUUUUGUUUUGAUAAUAAUAUAAAUGCAUUUAGCUCUAUGCA